AUGUCUAAUGACGAGCUGCGACGACUGUCCAAGCAAGAAGGGCAAUUGAGAAAUGUGAUGGACGUGAUGAAGGACUUCGUUCGAAACUACCAAGAGCACCUCGAUAAGGGAUCUUUGGCAGCACGAAUUCAGAAACUGGAUGAAAUCUACGAUUUAUUCUGUGAAGUUCGAAUGCGCAUCGACCUGAUAUUGGAGGAUACAGACUUUGACGAAGAUUUCGUGGAUCCUGAUGAAUCUGAAGAAGAUCAUGCGGUUAGGACGGCGAGAACGAAGGCAAAGAAGGUGAAAGAGAAUGAAAAGUUUCUAAAAGACUUCAUCAACGAGUACUUCGCAAUAAAGCAAUCGAUGCAAGGUCUAAUGAUUCCCUCCGGAUCGAGUUCCAGUGUGGUGCCUAUCGAAUCAACCAACCAACAGGGUUCUUCUCUAUCAAUGAUGCGUGUAAAACUCCCAGAGCUGAAGCUUCCUACAUUCGGUGGACACUUGAGAGAUUGGAUCACCUUCAGAGACACCUUUAAGAAUCUGAUUUCAGACAACGCACAGCUCACUGAGAUUGACAAGUUCACCUACCUUCGCACGUCUUUGUCAGGAGAAGCUCUGCAAGAAAUUGGUUCGAUAGAACUGUCAGCGGCGAACUAUUCGAUAGCUUGGAAGUCGUUGGAGUCCCGGUAUGAAAACAAAAAACUUCUUGUAAAAUCUCAUCUCGACGCGCUGCUAUCGAUCGAACCUAUGAAAAGGGAGAGUUUUGAAUCAUUGAACCAUGUGAUAAAUGAUUUCGAUAUGCAUUUGCAGAUGCUGCACAAGCUGGGUGAAAAUACAUUCGAAUGGAGUACAAUAUUAGCACAUAUACUAGCGAGUAAGCUGGACACAACAACACUACGCUUGUGGGAAACAGAACAUCGAUCACGAGAAGUGCCCAGAUAUACCGCCAUGUUGGAGUUUCUUAAAAACCACUGUAUUGUUCUACAAUCCGUUGCUCCCGAACGAUCCAGUUCCCAGCAACAUGAUCCCAAGAAGACAUCACGGGCGCUCAAUAGCUAUGCGGGGUCAACUCAAACAGGGUGUCCAUUCUGCGGCGAGUCUCAACAUCAAAGUUUCCAGUGUAGGAAGUUCAAAUCCAUGAAGAUAGAGGAGAGAAGAAACGCGGUGAAAACUGGUCGACUGUGCUUUAACUGUCUAUCUCUAGGUCACAUUUCCAAAUCAUGCUCUCGCAGUUCCUGUCGAUUGUGUGGACAACGACACCACACGAUGCUGCAUCAAGGUUCAAGCCAGACUGGAAGCAAUUCAUCAGCUGCACAAUCGAAUAAGCUACCGCAAUCGCAGCCGAACUCGCAAAAUCCACAUUCGACCCAGACACUCUCGACCUCAUACACACAGAAACCAACACAAACUCUUCAACAACCAUCCAAUCAACCCAACACAAAUUCCUUCUCAGUUGCUACGUCAAGUAGACAAGUUCAAACGCCACCCAAUACAGACACCAUCACAAGCCACAACGCAGUCCUCUCCGCUAGUGAAACCAAGGCAUCACGAACGGUCCUGCUUGCAACCGCACUCGUGAUACUUGAAGACCAUUAUGGAAAUUCUACCCUAGCUAGAGCUUUGCUUGAUAGCGGCUCUCAGUUAUGUUUCAUAUCAGAAAAUCUGUCGCAACAGCUUAGGUUCAAACGGUCUCGAGAAAUUCUUUCGAUAAGCGGAAUUGGACAAGCCACGAAGAAAUGUAAACAGUCUGUCGUUGCUCGUAUUCGAUCCCGAGUAUCUGGUUUUGUGGAGGAGGAGACUUUCUACGUGCUACCACAAGUCACUCAGGACCAGCCAACCACGAAGAUCAAUACUAGCAGUUUGGCACUUCCCCAAGGAGUGAUUUUAGCCGAUCCGAAUUACUUUGAGCCAGGAUCGAUCGAUAUAAUAAUCGGGGCUGGAUUAUUCUUCGACGUGUUGACAGCGAAUAAGUUCAAGCUCGGAGAAGACGGUCCUGCUAUGCAAAAUACAGAGUUCGGAUGGAUAAUCUGUGGUAGAAUUCAAAAUGUAUCGAACCAUUUCAGGCCGAUGGUAUCAAGUGCAUGUAGCGAACGAGUUGAUGACUUGUUAACCAAAUUCUGGGAGCUAGAAACCUGCCGUUCUAAUAGUAUCCAUUCCGUUGAGGAAUCCGCCUGUGAAGUCUACUUCGACCGCACAACUGUGCGUGAUUCUAGCGGGCGGUUCGCCGUUUCGUUGCCCAAGAAAGAUUACCUUAUUGCUCGGCUUGGUGAUUCAAAAAACACAGCGCUCAAGCGUUUCCUUGCCUUGGAAAGGCGCCUAGUAGGUGAUGCUGAUACCAAAUCGAUGUAUACCCAGUUCAUCGAGGAGUAUCAUCGCCUCGGCCACAUGAGGGAAGUACUAGACGACGAGGAGUCUACAACGCAGCAGUACUAUAUUCCACAUCAUUGUGUACUCAAACCUGACAGUACCACCACCAAGUUGCGCGUGGUGUUCGAUGCUUCGUGCUCAACUAGUAGCGGAAUUUCCUUAAUCGAUGCGCUAAUGGUAGGACCGACUGUACAGGAUGAUCCCGUUUCAAUAGUCAUGCGGUUCCGGCUUCACCGAUAUGCAGUAGUCGCAGACAUUGAGAAAAUGUAUCGGAUGGUGCAAGUCCAACCCAGCGAUUGUAGGUUACAACGCAUUUUCUGGAGAAACACUCCGAAUGAGUUCAUUCGUGUUUUUGAGCUGAAAACCGUUACCUAUGGGACGGCGUCUGCUCCGUACCUUGCAACAAAAUGCUUGCGACGAUUGGCCGAACUUGAUGGAGGUGUGUUCCCGGAAGCGGCAAAGGUGUUGGCAAAAGAUUUUUAUGUUGACGACAUGAUGUCUGGCGUUGACAGCAUCGAUGAAGGUGUUCAACUGUGUGCUGACAUUCAAACCCUUCUUAACGGGGGUGGAUUCACGCUUCGAAAGUGGAGCUCAAACUGUGCUGCCAUCCUGGAGAAAAUACCCGAUGACUGCAAGUAUGAUCGCACAUCAUUUGAGCUAGACGAUUCCAGUGCAACGAUAAAGACGCUAGGGCUGGUGUGGGAGCCCAGGUUAGACAUCUUCAAAUUCAAGGUUCCUACCUGGAAUCAUGCUGAAAUUUGUAAACGAACUGUUCUGUCUGAUCUGGCUCGAAUAUUCGAUCCGCUUGGACUAGUCAGCCCUGUAGUCACUACAGCAAAAAUAUUCGUCCAAUCCCUCUGGAGACAGAAGGCAUCUUGGGACGAUGCUCUUGCUGAAGACUCGCAAAUGCAAUGGAGUGACUUUCGGAGAAGUCUGGAUAGCUUAGUAAAUCUGCAAGUUCCACGUUGGGUCGCUUUCAGCAAAGAUUGUCUGUCAAGGCAAUUGCACGGGUUUUGCGAUGCCUCUACCAAGGCCUACGGAGCAUGCAUUUACUUGCGCUGCAAGCAUUUCGAUGGAAGUGUCACGUCGCACUUGCUGGUGGCAAAAUCAAGGGUUGCACCGCUUGACGACUUAAAGAAACGGAAAAGGAAACAGUCGAUUCCGCGAUUGGAACUGUCGUCCGCACUAUUACUCGCUCAUCUUUAUGAGAAGGUGGUGACCAGUCUGAAAAUAACUGUUCGAUCAUACUUCUGGACCGACUCUAUGAUAGUCCGAUAUUGGUUGUCAUCGAGUCCAUCACGGUGGCAGCAAUUCGUUGCGAACAGGGUAUCGGAAAUACAACAUGCUACACGAGGCGGCGUGUGGAGUCAUGUACCAGGCACAGAAAACCCAGCAGAUGUACUAUCUCGUGGCGUAACUGCAGAUCAGCUGAACGAAGAUCCCCUAUGGUGGAAUGGAGCACCGUGGAUGCGAGGAAACGAAGACAGGUGGCCAGAAAAUAUACACCUAACCAUGGCAGGUGUCGACCCAACUGUGCUGGAAGAAAAUUCGGCUGUGUCCGUCGUAGUCAAUAUGUCUCUGCCGAACGAAAUCUUCAGCCUCAGAUCAUCGCUGACACGUCUAGUGAGAAUCACUGCCUGGCUUCUCAGAUGGAAGCACAACGCGCAACAAAGGACUCACAACAAUCGAAGGUCUGGGAUUCUAACCUAUGCAGAACGAGAAUCAGCUCUACUUCAUCUUGUGAGACUCGCUCAACGGGAGUGCUUCGAACAGGAACUAAAGGAUUUGCAACGAGAGGGUCAAGUUAAAUCGACGUCUCGCAUUAACAAUCUUCAUCCGAUAAUGCUGGAUGGUAUAGUUCGCGUCGGUGGUAGACUGGUGAAUGCUCUAGUUUCAACCGAGAGAAAGCAUCCGAUAGUGUUGGAUAAAAAUCAUCCGUUCACGUCACUAGUAAUGCUUCAUUAUCACUACAAAUUGUUGCAUGCCGGUCAGAUUUGCGAAGAUGCUUGCAGAUGCAGUUACACUUUCUAA